CUUCGUUGAGUGCGAUGAGACGAGUCGGGGCGUUUGGGGGCUCCACGGCCCUGUGGGUGCUCCUGGCCGCCCACGUGGCGGCGGCGUUCGAGCCCGUGAGCGUGGGCAUCGCCAUCGGGGCUGUGUCAGCGCUCACCGGCUACCUGUCCUAUAGCGACUUUUACUGCCGCUUCACCGAGUGCUGCCAUGAGGAACGGCCCCUCAACACGUCGGCCCUCAAGCUGGACUUGGAAGAGAAGCUGUUCGGACAGCACCUUGCCACCGAAGUGAUUCUCAAGGCAUUGACUGGCUUCAGGAACAACAAAAAUCCCAAGAAACCACUGACUCUAUCCUUGCACGGCUGGGCUGGCACGGGCAAGAAUUUUGUCAGCCAGAUUGUGGCUGAAAACCUUUAUCCAAAAGGCCUGAAGAGUAACUUUGUCCACCUGUUCGUCUCUACUCUGCACUUCCCUCAUGAGCAGAAGAUAAAACUGUACCAGGACCAGCUCCAGAAGUGGAUCCGAGGCAACGUGAGCGCGUGCGGCAGCUCCGUUUUCAUCUUUGACGAGAUGGAUAAGUUGCAUCCUGGAAUCAUUGAUGCAAUCAAGCCCUUCCUGGACUAUUAUGAGCAGGUGGAUGGGAUUUCCUACCGCAAAGCCAUCUUCAUCUUCCUCAGCAAUGCAGGAGGGGACCUGAUAACCAAGACGACCCUGGACUUCUGGCGGGCAGGAAGAAAAAGGGAGGAGAUCCAGCUGAAGGACCUGGAGCCUGUGCUGUCUGUGGGUGUCUUCAACAACAAGCACAGUGGCCUGUGGCACAGUGGGCUAAUAGACAAGAACCUCAUCGACUACUUCAUCCCCUUCCUGCCCUUGGAGUAUAAACACGUGAAAAUGUGUGUGCGGGCAGAGAUGAGGGCCCGAGGGGCUGCUGUGGAUGAAGACAUUGUCACCAGUGUGGCAGAUGAAAUGACCUUUUUCCCCAAGGAUGAGAAGAUCUACUCGGACAAGGGCUGCAAGACAGUGCAGUCACGGCUGGAUUUCCACUGAGCUCUUCCCUCAGUGAGGUGGGAUGACCAGGGCCUUGCCAUGGAGAAGCACUUUGAAAGCUCCCCACUUGGGGCUUUGCACAUUUGCACCUGUGGACUUGGGACGUUGUCCAUGUAUUGUCUGAAGAUGAACUUUUAGAACAUUCACUCUUACUGUGAAUCAAGUGCCUAAAAAACGUCUGAACGCAGGCCAAGGUCCUGUGUGGCCAACAAUGCCCAUGCCUCAGAUACCACUAAGAGCCUGCAGCGCCUGCUGCAGUCUUGGGGAAGCAGGGUUUCCUGACAGGGGCGCCCACUGUGCUGUUUUCUUUUUCGCCUUGAGCUGGAACUCAGUAGCUGGUGGUACUGACAGAUGCUCGCUGUUGGAGGGGAGCAUGUGGGCCUGACCUUGGCUGAAGUGUCAGCGUGAGCAGUGGGGGCUCCCUCUGAGGCCCCUGGAGCACUGGGACACUACCUUGCUCACUGCUGCUCACAGCCCUGGCUGUGGAAUUCUCUCCUGUUUCCUACUGUGUGUGCCUUGUACUUUCCCUAUCAUCUGUUAGAUUCACCCCAGCCUCAUGCCUGCUCCAAUCAGGAUGAGCUGUCAUUUUAAAGGGAGGUCUUUGGUUCUGUUUGCCUGUUACACCUGCUCUGAAGGUCAAGCGCUGCUGUGCAGAACCAGUAACCACAUAGGAAGAGCUCUAGGCCGGAGCUGCCCUGGCCAAACCCCAUCGGAAGGAGUGUCUGCCGCACACCAGAGAUGCUGGUUUUUUAAAAGGACAUGCACAUAUUUAAAAGUUAUGUCUUUACCUCUAAAGCUUAGGUAAUAUAAGAUGCCAUGCAUUUUAAAACCUAGGAAGUGCCAUGAGUGCAACCUUUAAUCCCAGCACUCAGGAGACAGAGGCGGGUGCAUCUCUGAGUUCAAGGCCAGCCUGGUCUACACAGUGAGUUCCAGGGCAGCCAAGGCAACACAGAGUAACCUUUUUUUUUUUUUUUUGAAAAAAAAAAAAAAAAAACCAAAAAACCUAGGAGGGACAUAAAGUAGAAUAAGGCCAAUUCUCAGGUUUUUAUUGUGGCUGGGUCCAGGGGCACAAUGCCCAUGAUCCCACAGGAAGGUCAGGGUUCAGGGCUCCUCAGCUAUCUUGGGAUGAGAACAACCUGAGCUACACACAACUCUCAAAAGAAAGGCUUUAUUGCUAAAUGUGUAGAGUGUAGAACUAUAUGGGCGCAACUGUAGCUCCCACAAAGUCCUCCGUUUGUGAGUUCUGUGUACAACCUCAGGAUGACGCCUUGAGCUGCUCUGACUGUAGGGAACCGAGCCUGCAGUCACUCUGCCCUGCAGUAGCAGACAGGGAAACACUGCCAUGUAUGUAUAGAACGUGGGGGAAUGACUUUUUAUAACAUGGAAAUGCCUCAUAGAGAACCACAUCUAGUCUUUUGAAAAUGUCAAGGUGAGCUGGGCGUGGUGGUGCUCACCUUUAGUCCCCCUACCUGGGAGGCCAUGGCACGACUGUCCCAAGUUUGAAGCCAGCCUGGACCAGACAAGCGGACACUAGGCGGUGGUGUGCAUGCCUGUAAUGCCAGCCCUUAGGAAGAAGAGCUUAAAGUUAACUAUGCCCAGAGACCCUCUCUCAAAGCAGGAAGCACACAAAACUCACCAAGGUGAGGCUGACUCCUAUGCCAUAUUCUUGGACCUGAGCCAAGUUACUAUUUCUAACCUGUUGGGCUCCUGGUCAAGAAACAAGCUUUUCUGUUUACAGUGAUGUAAUACUCGGACACGUGUUGGCCACCUUUGGACUGCUGUUACUGAUCUCCAACUUUGAAAGGCCUGGUGUGAACUGCCCCAGCCUCCCCAGCCUGCCCAUGAGAAGUCAUGAACAGAGCUGGACACAAAACAAUAAAAGUGGUGCACUGGUGAGA